AUGUACUUUGAAAAACCUGCCUAUUUUAAGGAUAGAAAAUUAGAUAUUUUGAGGUUAUUUCAUAUUUUUACUCGUAAUGAAAUGCCUGGUGAAAAACAUUGUGAGGAUCUAUAUGUGUGUCAUGGACAAAUAUUUGGACUAAAGGAGGAACAGGAAAAGGAGAUAAAACAUAUUAAAAUUCAACGAACUAAAGAAACCAAAAAAUUUAUUUAUUUAACAACUGGUAAUAAUGUAAGAUAUCUUAUUGAGUCACAUUAUUAUAGUAGUUCAGAAAACAGACAGAAAUUAACUAAACUAGUUAAUUCAUUAAAAGCAGUAAUUACAAAUAAACGUACGAUAAAUUCAGUAAAACCAUAUGGUAUAUAUGUACCAGUUCCUAUAUGA